AUGGGACACUACAAUGGACACGCUAACUCUCCAGUUCCCCAAACCUGUGAGAGACACCAUCUGAACAAAAGAAAGGUGCUCAAGCACGUUGCCAGCCUUUACGAUCCGCUCGGGUUAUUCGCUAAGAUAACUCUUGUGGGCAGGCCUUUUCUCCAAUCUCUCUGGAAAAUUACCCUCUCCUGGGGCAAUGUUUUGCCUAUAAAAAAACUCGAUCAAUGGACUCAGAUUACAUCCACUUGUACAGCAGGACAGCUAACCUUUCCGCGGCUCAUUCUCAACAUCCGUGAUAAUUCAUUGUCAGAGUAUGACCUCCAUGUGUUCACAGACGCCUCAGCUAGUGCUUACUCUGCUUCUGCUUAUAUAGUUCAACGUCUACAAAACUGCACUCCAGAAAUAUUCCUGAUCAUGUCUAAAUCAAGGUUGGCUCCGCUCAAUCAACUCAUAACCAUCCCUCGACUCGAAUUAGCAGCAGUAGUUAUUGUGCCGAACUACUUUCAUACUUGA